AUUUUAUGUGGCUAUGCCUCUGAUAGGAGACAGUAGCCACAAAAACCUGCCAGGAAAUGCAGAUAGGAUAACAGGCUAGGAUAGGAUAGGAUAAUAGGCUAGUACUUUUACAUGUACCUAUACAUGAAUGAACUUAAUCUCUGGAAUAUACCAAGAAGAGUGUUACAAAUCCUAAGCUAAGCUGUGCGGGUAAUGGCCCCAUAGCAAGUUGGGCCAUUACAAGUUUGUCCCUACCACUACAAUUUUCUCUCCAUUGAAAACAAGAAUAUCAGGACACUUCUAUCCUUAUGGCAGAAUUUGUUUCAUAUCAUUUUUAGUUUGCUUGUUGUUAUUUGAUUUUUCAUCUAAAAGGUAGGUUUUUCAACAAAUCUGUGUUUACAAAUUAACACUUGCUGUACAGUAAAAAUAAUUUUUACAACAGAUCCCAGGACAUAAGGAUUAAAUCUUGCUUGGCAAGCGAUUGGAAAAAUUAUAACACAUGCUUGGUUUCUAUAAAUGUUUUGGCCAAGUGCAAAAUAUGGCUGAGGUGAAGUUUCUUUGUUAGGGGUGAUUUUUCAAGGAUUGGUUGUUCAUCUUAAUUUUGGGAAAACUUGUCACGGUAAAAACAUUCGUAUAAAGACACCUUCUGUACCAUGAAAUCCAACCUUAACUCUAAGGUGAUUUGAUUUGGUAGGCUAUUUUGCUUAACUUUGCAUCUAGCUGUUGAGAAAAUGCCCCUUAAAUUUAUUUAUUUACAGUGCUAUUUAAAUAAAGAUGUUUACUUAAAACAAGUGUUCCAUGCUGAACCAUAUGUUAUAAGACAGUGACACUUUUGAAAAUCUCCCCAUUACCUGACAUUAAUUGCUGAUUGACUACAUAACCACAUGAAUAGAAAAAUGAGCUCAAAACCCCAUGACCUGCUUGCUUCAAAUUCCUUUGGUUAGUUUGUUAUGUGCCAAUUAUAGUAUGUAAGGCAUAUGCAUGAUUUCAGUGAUUUUCUUGAGAAUGUGUCGAAGGAUGAAGCUCAAAUGGCAUGGAGUUGAAUAAUGAAUAACUUAAGAAGUUCUCUGUAUUCUCAACAGAUAGGAGUGUUAGCAUUCAUUAAUGGUGGAGAGGAGGGAAAAGCUCUUUACAAUGCAUUUGUAACUGGUAGAGUUUGCUAUGAAGUUUACAAAAGACUUUCUGUUUCCCAAGCCGAUGUCCUUAGGGUAGGUUAUAUAAUGGUACUCAAGGAGUUUCAGUUUUGUUUCUUCUCUGAUUUUAUUCAGAGACAUUUAUUACAAUGUGUUCUUACAGAUUUCAGUCAUUAUAGUUCUUAAGGAUUAACAGGUAGUCACAAGUAAGGACUAUAACACAAACCUACUGACUUCAGACAAUAAGCUUUAAAAAUCUUGCUACAUGUCAUGAAACUUUAGUGAGCCAUUAACAGCCCAAGACAUUGACAGCCCCUGAGUGUAACCUUUAUAAAUAGGAUAUAGCUCAACAUUUAUAAAAUAAAAGAAUUUUCAAAUACUUGUACAAGAAAUUUGAAAAAUGUAGUAAAGCAAAAUCACUUCAAGUCUCAAAGUGCUCAAAGUUCCAUUUAAGAGUUACAUUUAGUACAUUUAGUAGAAUAAAAGAGAGAUUUUAUACUUUGGAACAAAAGACAUGUUUAAGCAAACUUUUUAAGCAUCAUGCUCUUAAGUCCUGUACUUGAGUUGCAUGUACAUUUUUAUCUUGAAAAAUUGUUGUGUAGUUGUAUGAGACUCUUUGCAGAGAUGAAAAGCUGAUUCAUAUUAGCCAUGAAUUGUUUUGUUCUAAAUUCUAAUUGCAUCAUUGCUGUAAGUGACAGAAUAUUUUGCUGUUUUCAGGCAGAGACUGUAAUGCGAAUCAGUCAGUAUGUGAAGAGUCACCCACAAGCAAGCCAAGCACAAUUAAAAGCUGAAGUGGAAAAGGAAAUAAAGAUAUUUGCACAAAAGGUUGCUCAACUUGAGGGAAUGUAAUGGUUGAAUGGGUCAGAUUCAUUAUGCGAAUGUAAAUAUUAGUUGUUAACAAAUCCCUUCAACUGGCUGUAAAUGGUGUAUUUGUACAAUUUGCGUUUGUAUUUAAAAUUUGCUAUCACUUCUAAAGAAAGUUUUUAAAUACUUUGUCUCUAGUUCUUGAAAACAAUUUCAAAUAGAUUUAAUACUUUAUCAAUAGUUGGUUUAUGCAAAUGAUGCAAAUUUGUAUUGGAAUUGAGUGUAUUGGAAUUGAAAACUUAUAGGGUUGAUAAAAAUUUGAUGAUUUGUUAUUUCAGAAAAUUUAGCAUCAACUGUCAAGAUGGCCUAAUUUAAAUCAUCAGCUAUGGAAGGUACUCUCCCUCUGAGACCUUCCUUAUGCAUCUCUGACAUACUCCUAAGAUUUUAAAGCUAAUUUGGUUAGUAUUGAAAACUACCAGUCAAUAUUAAAUCUAAACAAUCUCUCCAGGGUGAUGUGCCUUAUUGAUGAUGCUCAUUGCCAAGCUGUUUGGAGUUGUAUAUAGAAUUUUAAAGCUAAUUUGGUUAUUACUGAUAACCACCAGUUAAUAUUCAGUCCAAACAACCUUCUCAAAUGGAUGUGCCUAAUGCCUAUUACUUAGCUGUUUGGAGGUCUAUGUAAAAA